AGAGGUUAUUUCUCAAAUCAACAUUAAUAUGAACCGAAAGAAGCAACCAGAAGCGUUUCAUUGUUCCUGUAUCUGCAAUCAAUAAAAUUGUUUUUAUUUACAGACAAAUUUAAACUAUUUCCUUAUUCGUCUAUAAUUGUUUUAGCCUUUAAAUUUUGUAAUCUUAAACUUUCCAAUGUGCCCAGAUAAUAAUAACUUUUCUUUUGCAUUGUUAAAAAUUUUUAAACGGAGGAAUAUAUGCUUGAAAAUAGUGCAAUUGUUAUUAUGAUUAGCGGCUAGAUCUGUGAAUAGUUUUCAUAAAAAUGUCAUCUCCAACUUUUAGAUUUGAUCUGCUAUCUACAAGUACAUUUACACCUCUUACCAGUCACUUGCCAGUUUCAACAUGGAAUAAUACUGCACCUUUGAAAAAUAUACCUUUAGAUUCCAAUUUAGCAUGGCUACUUUGUGCUUUAGUAAUGGCUAUGAGCUGGGUAAUAUAUAUAACAUAUUACAAUUCAAGAGUAAUUGGCUUCAUAGUAACCAAAAUCUUGAACCAUUUUAUGAAAUAUGGAUACGUUAAAGUAGGAUCAUUGUCUAUAUCUGUACUUUCUGGAAAAAUUAUGUUUCGCGAUGUUGCAUACAUUACAGAAGAUUGCACAUGGAGAGCGCAGGAUGGUUGGAUUAUUUUUAGAUGGUGGUAUCCUUAUGUUCGCAAAGAAAUAAGUGAAGAUUUAUCUCAUUCAGACACUAGACUUUCAAUACUUUUAAAUGGAUUUGAAUAUCAUCUCUACAAUCGAUCACAGCUCUAUUCCCGCUUAGAACACUUGUUUGGAUUGGACCCAUCAGUUAUCCCAUCUGGAUCUGAGCCUUAUUGGCAAGACUCUGGUGGAGAAGGGGAUACUCAAACACCAGUGGAUAAAAAUGAAGAGAAUGAAGUCCCGAAAUAUGAAUGGCGGGAUUUAAUCCCUGUCAUUAAGGCAGAGAUUUCCACUGGUCGAUUAGUAUUUGGAAAUCGUUUACUACCCACAACAUUAUCUGUGAAUUUUGAAGAAGCCCAUAUUUUAUAUACCACCAAACCAGCAUCAUCUAGAUUAGAUAAUUUCACCCAUAUAGCUAAAUGUAAAGCAGAAAACUUUAAAAUUAUUCUGGCUCCAAGUCCAAAAUAUACAGGUCUGAGUGAUGAACCACCCCGCUACAUGGGAGAAGGUUUUGUUGUAUUUCAAUCCAAUUUUGUGGAUCUCUAUUACUAUCAAGAUGAAGCAGGGUUAGUGACAGCUGAGCCUGAAAUGAUAGAAUUAGCUGAUGGUGAUGUGGUCCAGCGGUCAACAGCUCCAUUGUGGGGUUUAGAUAUCAAAUGUGGCAAAGGAACUGAUUUCAGCUAUGGACCAUGGGCAGAUCGCCAAAGAGAACAUCUUUAUAAGUUUUUCUUUCCUCAAGAUUAUCAACCAUUAGUUCCUACUAAAGAGAGUGCCGUGGGUGAGAAAAGAUUCUGCGAAAGUUUUGAUAUUCGUCUCAACACUCUGGCUGAGGCAACAAUUGAUAUAUUAUUUUCCAAAGAAAAAGAAACUAAUGCAGUGCACAUGAAUGUUGGUCAAGGGUCAUACUUGGAAGUGACCAUCCCCAUGCGCAUUAACAAUGAUGGAUAUUCAACUAAAAUAAAUGGUCAACUGUUGCACCUUGAAGCUUCAACUAGUCUGCAGUUUAGAUCAUUAGUAGAGAGUGAAACACUAGAGUUUGAUAUCUGGAUUAAAUAUCCUAAAAUAUGGAAUGACCACCAAAUGUGGAACUGUAGUUUAACAGGAUGUAAAACUACAGUACAUUUAAUUUAUGCUCAUAAACAUUUUUUUCAUGCUCUAAUGGAAGAUUGGGCUUCAAAAUUAAGACCAGAUAUUCUCCAUUUUGUGCCCUAUACUUGGCACUUUGGCUUAAUUCUGAAAGACUUUGAAUUGGUCACAGUUGUUAAUGAGUACAAUUGGAUCGACUGCUCAAGUCAGCAUCAAGAAAAUGCCUAUUUAGCUGUUUCUGGAGAUCAGUUUGAACUGUCAUUUGAUUUACCUUUCAUCGAAUAUUUACCACCCACUAUAUCCCUAAAGUUUUGGAUUCAGGGAGAGAGCUGUGAUAUGGUUUUCUACUUACCAGAAGUGAAUUCUAAUCGUGAUAUAAUAUUGAUGCUUGAAAAAUGUGCCAAGUUGACGGGAAGAGAUGGUUCACCAAGUCUUCAAGAUAACUCACCAAAACGAUGGAGAAAUAUGGCAAAGCCAAGUGCUGGUUGGGUUGAUUGUUGGUCAGUGCCUAUUGUUGCCCUGAGUAUUGGUUAUAUUUACCACCCAACACCACCAUGUGGUGCUUCCUGCUUAGAUUUAAACAUAACCACCCCCGAGAAAGAAGAAAUACUUUUAUCACCAAUUAGACCAAAUGGAUCUCAAAACAGAAAGAAAAAGAUGUGUAAUUCUUCAGAAUUUGAUCCCACAUCCUUAGCUCCGGACAUUGUUCAUCUUGAAUUAGAGAUAGGACCAUCAGUUUUAAAAUUAUAUGGCUCUUUACUUCGACAUCUUAUUCAUCUAAAGGAAAAUUAUUUCGGAGAAAAUCAAAAAUUUUUUGAGUUUGAUGCUCCAAUUAUAACUCCAAAUCAAGUUUCAACAGCAGCUCCCAAUGAAAAAGAUAAUUACGAAUUUGAUCCUCGUCAAUUUCGACCAUUAGACAUAACUGUGUCUGUUAUAAUGCAUGACAUACAGGGUCAUAUAAUGAAGUGCUGUAAUGACAACGAUCCACCAUGUCCUAGCUUAUACUUAGAGAGGUUUGCAUUUGAGAUGUUCAAAACUUAUGAAGAAACCAAACUACAGUUGCUUCUUUCUCCUUUAGUUCUUAGCACAGUGGAUACUGCUGUACGGCCCGACUGCCAUUCUCAUUUAAAAGAUGGUCAUGUAGUUUUAUCGACUCUUCAAGUUCGUGGCAAUGCUAUGUUUUCUGGUGUUGACAGACCCUUGGAGAGUGAAACUCUUGAGUAUGCAUGGCUUGUAGAAGUACUAAUUGGAGAUGUAACUGGACGGCUUACUAUACCUCAGGUUUAUCAUACUGUGACUGGUUUUGAGCUGUUUGUUUUUCAAGUGCAACAGUCUGAUUGUGAUCUUCAGCCUCCACACGCUUUCAAAUUGUGCCAACAUGACAUACCCCAAUCCAACUGCACACAUACUACUACUACUUUGGUGUGUCCUAGCCCAGAUGAUAUUAAAUAUAGGAUGACUCGUCUUUCUAUUGAUGCUAUAGAUUUGUGCAUUGUUGAAAGUGGAACCGCUAUUGAAAUUGAAGUAUUUCCUUUGCGACUUGCAACCUGUAAUCUCCAUGGAAAUGAUACUGUGUCAGGUUUAAGCAUGCUGCUGCAGUCUGUGCACUUCAAACAGUAUGCAAAAAUAAGCUCGAAUCUAGUAUGUUCAUCUGCAUACAAUAUAGUCAGUCAUGGGAUUAUGUCUCAGCAAAAUUCAGCGUCAGAUAUUUGGCUUGAAGUCGGUGGUUUUAGCUUUGGUCCAAUGUUCAUUGAUUCAGCUACAUCACAAAUGAAGAGAAAUGAUGACACACAACAAGAGAACUUUUUACGUGUGCAUGAUAAUAAGAAAAAGAAAUUGUGGUUUUUAUGGCCCAUAGAUGUUUCACCCAUACCUCAAGCUUCUCAUGGGAAGUGUGGAUGUGUUGGUGGCUGCUCCUUUUUUGGGAGCAAUAAGAAUGGGAUAUAUUUUUUCAACAUAAAUAAUCAUUUGGAAGACAUUUCAGCUGUCUCUGCCAAAUAUCAAAUCAGUUUUGAUAAUAAUUUGGGUUAUGGCGAAAGCUUACUGCAUAGAGGUCACUUUGUAUUUGAUGCUCCUGAAAAUCUACCCAAUUUUCCAUAUAGUUCCAGUCAUUCUGAAAAAUCAGUCAUCAUAACUGAGAAUUCUCAUGCUCAUAGCAGAACUAAACUAAACGAUACAACAUUUUCAAAAUCAUCAGAUAAUGAUUCUCAUUUUAUUAAUAGAGGUUAUAGUGCAUUCUCAGAAAGUUAUCUAGAUGACAAAAUAUCUUUCUUCAAUCACUCAAGAUUAGUUAAUGACACCAACACAGAUAGUAUGUUGUAUGAUUCCAGUAUUCCUUCACUUCCCAGAGAACAGAGAUACAAUCAUGUUCGUUGCAUAAAAAGGCAAUUUAGUAGUCCAACUCAUGUGUCUAUGCCAUCUAGUUCAUCGGUUCUUUCUUCUUAUCAAAUCUCUAUGGCACAAUCUGCUCCCGUAGCAGGGAAACUUGAUCGAAAACCAACAAUGAAAGGGGAUGAUUGGAAAAGCAUAUUAGAGUCGAACAUUAAUCCAAUUUCAUUGGUGAAAGAGGAAAGUAUAAGUCCAGGUUUAUCUCAAAAUAAGUACAGUUCACGGAUAUCUUUAAACAUAAGUCCAAAUGGAAGAGGAGAAAAUAAUGGCUCAAGACAUUCACUUGCGAGUAUUGCCGCAAGGAGUUAUUCCCCAAGAUCAGUUCGUAGAGCUGCGUCUACUGAAUCUACUCAUUCCACAGAAAGUUAUUUUUCUGCUGAUGAAGAUGGCGAAUCCUCUGCAGAAACUGGUGAUAAUCCUGAUGAGUUUCAUGUAGAUGAAGAGAAACGUCAUGUAACUUUAAAAAAUGGUACGAAUUCAAUCGAUAGAAAAGUGGCAACUGCUCGUAGAUCACUGCAUGACAUACAAGAAACUCCAUCACAGCAAUCUAGUGACAGUGAUCUUCAUAUUACUGUUUUGCAGCGUACUCCAUCGUGUGGCAAUCACCACGAUCCAUCAGAUUCUAACUCAAUUUCUAGCACCUCAUUUUUAUCAGCUAUGUCAUCACAAGAAGAUAUUGCACUAGUUGAUCUCCAUAAUCAAAUGGACAAACCUAUCAUAGAGUCACCUUUAUUAAUGUCUUGCUAUAUGGCUCACAUGACACAGCUUCAGUGUCUUCAGUGGUUUCAGCAGCCACCAUUACCUCACCUGGUUUCUCAGUUUGAUGGACAUCAUAAUGGACACAACAAAGACUUCAUAUUUCAUCGGACACACUCUGCCUGGAAACCAAAAUUUGUUCCUUUAACUGAAGGUUUCACAUCUAUACACAUGGUGCACAAGAACAGAACAUCAAGCCAUCGUCACAAAUUUCAAUAUGCUCAGAAAUCUAUGUCAACCCAUUCUGACGAUGAAUUUAAACCAGGUUUAAUACACCAGGAACUAAAAAAAGAUGAAUACAACUCUGGAGAUCAUAGUACUAAAAUUGCUUCAAAAAUUGUCUUUGUCAUUAAAUUGAGUGGCGAUGUUCAUUUUAAAAUCUCACCAUUGCUGGUUGAAAGUUUGAAAAGUUUCAUCGAUGUUCUCACUCCAACAUUAGCUCAGCUGCAUCCACUUACGAUUGUUAACCAUUUACAUGUCAUGUGCUCCCAUGAAGUGCAGAAGAGCAAUCAGCUAAAAAAGGAAAAAGUUCUUCAUUUGAGCCAGCUUCGUGCACAAAUAAUAGAGAAAUAUAAAAAGCGCAAUAUUUCAAAUUCAGAAAAGAUAAAUGAUGGAAGCUCUGAGAACCUUGGAAACAACUAUGAAGAAACUCGAAAUACUCACACGAAAGCACUGAUAAAAAUUGCUAAAAUAAAUGUUAGCAUCAUGCAAGCCUCCAUAGUUGAAGAAGUAAUAGCUUUCUCUGCUCUUGAUAAUUUAAAGGAUUUAACCUGUGUUUCACUUCUGUCAAUUUGUAUCGAUAAUACAUCAAUUCAAUUAUCACAUAGUUGUCAAGCAAAAAAGGUGAUUCAAACUUUUACAGACUAUUGCAAUGGUAGCGUUGCUCGGACUAAAAUCAAUGAACGCUCAUCAAAGAAAGCAAAAACUGAUUCUUUACCUACCGAAUUGUUAACUGUUGAAACUAGUGAAACUCAGCAGGAAGAGACAAUUUUAUCAGCUUCAGUUAUGUGCAUUCAUUGCCAGUUGCGCAGGCUUAAAAAUAAUAGCAGCAUAUUGAAGGAAGCUAUGCUUACGGUGAUUCCAUACCAUAGGAGUAAAGUUGAAUUCACUUUCGAAAAUCAUUUCUUUGGGCGUCAGUUAUCCAAACAGAGUGAUAAACAAGAUGCGUUUAUGGAUGUAGAAUGGAAUCAGUAUUUGGAUGAAGAAAAAAUGGGAUUCAUAAUGUUCGAAUGUGGACUUGAAGAUAUUGGUGUGAAAUUCAUAAAAAGGUGGGGUUAUGAUUCAUUUAACUGUGUCGAUGUGGAUGAAAGAAAACCUAUGGUCGAGCCGAAGAAUGAAAACAAAUCUAAUAAGAAGCCAUCAAGUGAGCGCCCUCCUUCUAAACAAUGCCAUAAGCAAUGUAAAUGUGAGGAUAAUUGGGAUGCAAAGGUGUCAUUUCCUUCUUGUGUCUCAGAAUGUGGAAGCUAUAGCAGCAUGUACGAUAGUAGAUCGGAUCUAAAUAAUCAAAAUUUGAAAGGAGAUGCAUCUUCUUUUAUAACAGAAUUGAAAACUGUAUGGUUCAAUUUUGCAGCGCCUCCUCGGACUCCUAACACACGCAAAAUUGAUUUCACAAGGUUAGAUUGGCAUUUGCUAAGUACCGCUACUCCAUCUAUAAAUGCAUGGCUGAAACCGAGUGAUCGACUGCUUGUUUCAGCCAAAAAAAUGGCAAAGGAAGCCGGACAGAGAUCUGCUGCAAUAAUGGCGUGUUUAAUGGCUGAAGCUUUAGAAGUACAGAGUAUACAUAUGCCUGUGAAGAGCAAAUAUCUUGCUUUCAAAUUAACACCUUUAGCUAAGACUCUUCAAGAAGAUCCAUCCUGCCAAUUAUUAAUGGUUUUAAGAAGAUAUUUAAAACAAGUUGACCUGGUAAAUGUAGAAGAAAAUGUAGUUGCAGAUUAUAUUCCCCCGAUUAAAACAGUCUAUAGAGGUUUAAUUUCACUAAGCCGGCAGUGGAAAAAUGUUCUUUACAUGCCGUUUCUUGUAGAACAAAAUAUUAGAUUUCGUAAAAACAUGAGGCCUCUAAAUUUGUCCUUCUCUGCACCCAAGAUUGAUGCCAUGCUAUCCAGUAAUGAUGAUGCUGAUAAAUUAUCUUUGGAUGAGUGUGAAGUCACUGAUGAAACUACUAAUUUAUUAAUUGCUGAAGGUGGCUCAUUAACUCUUGGUCAGUCUCAAAAAGCUAUGCCUACUCAAAGCUCGCCCCCAAACAAAUCUUAUUCUAGUCGGGACACAGGCUCUCGUUCCAGUAGCAGUCAACAAGAGGUUACUGAAGAAGCUGUUAGUAGUGGUUCCGGUGCCCAAAAAGCAAGGAGAAAGCUUCCAAGCUAUCCACCGCGUACAUCUAGAGCUAGUGUUGCCUUUCCUCUUCUUGGUGGUCCCCUUGACUCUCCAGGCCGUUAUGCUGGAGGUAUGAAUGGAAAAAGUAAUGGUUUUGUUUUACAACAAUACGGUCUUAAUGCUAUCUCUAAACUUAAAAGAAGUGACAGCAGACACAGUUUAAAGUCAACAACCUGGAGUUUGUCCAGUAUUGAGCCGAAUUUGCAGUCAUCUGUAUUCGGUACACCUCAGAAAACACUUGGCAAUGGUGAUAUAGAUCAAGUUGAUGAGGACUUAUAUAACUGGAUGGCAAGGCAGCAAGAAUACAUCCGAAAUACAAACAACCAAAAAAGAAUUGAGAGAGCACAGCUAGAAUCUAAAAAGAGCACUUUUGCUACAGACAAUAGCUUUGAAACGGAAAUGCCAAAAUCAAUUGUAGCUGCUGUCAACUUUGCUCCGUUGAGUAUUCAACUUGCUGACGCUCAUGUGAUAUUCCAUCCUCUUUUGAACAGCAUCGGUGUUCCAAAUCAAGCUCUCCACACUUCAUUCAGUAUUGCAUUUGGACCAAAAAUAUCAGUUUCAGCUACAGUGGAAAUGUUAAAAAUUGACAUAGUCGAAUCUGAGUAUCACAGUAAUGUUCGCCAAAAGAAAAAAUCAAAUAGAAAGCAAUCAAAUUUGCAUGGGAAGUUUUUUAUCGACACAAGCAUGGAUACUCCCACAUUUAUUUGUGACAAGUUUUCACUGGAACUGGAACUUAGAGAAACACUUUGUCAUAAAGGUGAAACAAUAAGCAAUGAUAUACUUGUCCCAUCACCUGCUUUGAUGUUUUUAUCCAAUGGUCCCAAACAUAGCACCAUUAUAAACUUCAGCGUGGACAUUAACUUCGUUGCUCAGCAGGUAAAUAUGCCAUUGCUUCGACUGUUGCAUCAGUUUUCCACGAUGUAUGAAAAUAUCAAAGAAACGAGACUCGAAUUGAAAGCAAAUAGACCAAGUUCUUUUAAGGAGAGUGUGAAAAAUGAAAAGAAAGGGUUUUCUCCUUCUGUAAGUCAAACUGGUAGUUACAGAUUAAAUUCACCUAAACCACCACCUCCGAAAUUCAGUACUCCAACACCUACUCCAACCAAAUCUGUGGGAGUUUCUAGUAUAACAGCUGGCAUUCGUAGACCUCAUACUCUUUCACAAAGAUUAAGGGCCAGCACUAAAGGUUACACUAACUUACAGGAUACGACCACAAAAGAGGAUCGUUCUUGCAGCCCUAUUAGUUUCACAUUGAGUGAAUCGGUAGCCAUUGAUAUUCCUGAUACCUGUUCUGCCCCAGCCUCUGAACACACAUUACUUGGAGAGAUUAAAGAGCUUCAACCAAGAUGUUGGAGAACUAUGUUUUAUCUUUUGGAUCUUUAUGAUACUAUGCCUGAACCAAAAACAGUGAAUGAAAGGUGUUCAACAACUCAUGUUACUCAAGAUAGAAAGUCCCUGGAUGUAUCAGAAGAGUACAGGGGUAGUGGCAAAUAUGAACCUCUAAAAGAGCAACAAGCAGAUACAGUGGACAACAAUUUCUCUGAAAAACCUGACGUGCCAAAAGAGAACUUGAAAGGCUUUACUAAAGCUCUGAUAGUUAGAGAUUGGACGCCUUUAAUAAUAUUUGGAGUGGCAACUGUGCAUAAGACAAGACUCUUAGCAAUGCUGAGUGGUUUGAAACUUGAAGGAGAAUUAAAUGGAUUUCAUUUAAGUUUAACACAUAAGGACAGAGUUCGUGGUACAAAUAGAAAAUGGAGUGAAUCAUCGCUUGCUGGGCAGCUGGCCCAAGCUAUGGUAGUUGUCUUGGAAGGUGUUCCACCCAAUCAACAAACUGUUGUAAAUAUGACCGUUGGAAAAUCACAAGCCUUGUACUCUACUCAAAAUAAAAAGGGAAAAGAUCGUAACUCCGCUUUGCUCACCAUAGGACCUAUAAAUAUUGAUAUACCUCAGCAUCCUGUUGUUCUCCAUGGGAUGAUGACUCGUAGUAGUCGCCAACUUUCAACUACAUUACAGGAGUUAAGAGCAACUCGCCAACCAUUGAGGCCUUGCCGACAAAUAGAUGAAUAUAGUGUCGCAAAUCAUUCCCCCCAGCCGCCUUGGGAUACUCCUCAGAACCAUUUGUCUGAGCCAAAUCAUGAACCCAUCAAUCCUUUUAUCAUACAGUUCAGUAUCAUUUUAGAUAGUUUAACUGUUGGGGCAGCUGUUCUACCAUCUUUAAAAGCCCAAUAUCAGAUGGGACAAGUUAUCAGUCUAGGAGUUACUGGAAGUAAAGCAAAAUUUACUGUUGAUUUACCGCAGCAUACAUUGAGCUUCAAUACCAAAGUUCAACCUUCUGAAGGUAAUAUGCCAUCUUCUGCCAGUGUUGAUUUACCGCCUGUGCAUAUAUCAGCUGAGUACAUUCAAGAUCCUACCUCUACUAAUACAACAACUAAUAAAUUAGAAUCCUUUACUGACGGUGUAGUUCUGUGCCAAGGAAGUUAUCUGAGCGCUUUAGCCGAAAUUGGAUCCUUUGAACAUAGUUUAACUACUGACCUCCUCAAUCAUUUAGUUCUUGUUCAGAAAGUUUUUAUGAAGGAAGUUAAUGAAGUUGUGCAGAAAAUGUCAGGUGCUGACAAACCAAUUUCUUUGUGGAGUGAAGUUGAGAAGUCAACUCAUAUGAGACCCAGAAGACUGCUGUUUUCUCUCCUUUUGCGUCUAAAGGGUAUUCAAAUAACAGCUACAACACCUACUAGCAGUGCAGUGCGGCUUGAAACAGGAGCUGUAGAACUACAACUAUCCAAUCGAGUUCAAAAUAUGUCAUCUAGCUGUCCAUAUACCGGUAAUUACAUCAAACUUUUUGGCAAGGCUCAAGUUGAUGUCAACCUUGCUUUAGGACAAUUGAUUAAAAAUGCUUUGUUUGAAGAAGCAGAACCAGAAUUUCAGCAGUUUGCUUAUUUUAAAACAAGAAUUUGCAUGAGAAAUGCUCUUCAAGAUGAAAUGAUUUCAAGUCAUUCAGACGACAAAGAAGCUGUUUUAAUCACCUUAAAUAGACCAUUGAUAUACAUUCAGCCUAUUGCGCUUGAUAAAGCUGUACUGGUCUGGCUUAACUAUAAAAAUGCAUAUGAAUACUGGAAUGAACAGAGAGCCAGUCUUAAUAAAGAGGUUUUGACUGCAACUCAACAAGUUUUUGAACGAGUUCCUCAAAUAUCACAAUUAGGCUCACAAGCUUUAGGGACUUUGUUUCUUCAAUUAACUGUUGACGAUAUGGGUAUUUGUUUGCCUCUCAAUCCAUAUGCUGGUAAAAAAGAUGGAUAUAAAAAAAAUGUAGCCAAUAAAAUGUAUGAUACUGAACUGAAAGCAGCAGUUGUUGUAACAUUGGAAAGUACAAGGAUUUCUGCUUGUUCUUGUGGCUCUCUAGUUAGUAAAGCAAAGUUUACAGGACUGUGUUUUAGAUUUGCUGAUGACUUUGAAACGUCACUGGAUGAUUGGAAACCAGAUCCAACAGAUUCCAAUAUUAUGAAUUUAUGCGUGGUUUCAGAAGGGACCUAUGAAAUUUGUUCCAGAACAGUUGCUCCUCAAGGAAUUGCUAAUGCAAAGUGGAUUUUGAACGUCCAAUGGCAAAUGGAAGGUGUAGAUAUACAUUUAGACACAAAUAUUGGGAAGCAGUUGUCUGCGUUAUUUAAAACAUUAACAGCUAUUACAGGCGUUGAAGAUGAAAAUGAUGGCAUGGAUUAUAUGGAUGGGGGUACUGAAGAUGCAAAUCAUCAUGGCCCUUGUGUACAGGAACCUGUGAUUGCUAGGAAAGGCAGUACUUUUGUAGAAACGCUGCCACCUUUAAUUUUGGAUCCCAGCUUAGAUGCUAAAAAGAGAUCAAGACUCAUUGAAAAAGAAAUGAAUGAACAAGCUAAAAUAAUAAAUGAUCUGAGAUUGCUUGGUGCUAGUCAAAGCACUAUUGAGCAAGAAGUACGCCGUCUUCAUGAGUUAGAGACUGCUGUAUUCAAUGAUUUUAGAAGGGAUGUCAUUAAAAAGCUACGCAGACAAAGUGUAAAGGCCACUUCAUUUAAAGACAAAUUAGGAUUAGGAACUCGGUCAACUGCUGGUCCCUUACAAUCCAUAUCAUUGUUUUUCCCUGAUGCUGAAGAAAGAGCUGAAAUUGGCCAAGAUGAUCCGAUUCCGACCCCAAGCAGUAAAGAAAGUUCUCCAAGUCAUGCUCAUACUAGAACAGGGUCUCUGGAUAUGUCAGAUUUACCAAAUCUUGCCUUACCUGAAAAGUCUGUUCAUAGAGAACUUUCUCUAGAUAGUGUGUUCACUUCAAGCGCUACUGCUGAUUUAGGUUACAGUGAAACUCCUACUCCAUCCCAUACCGCUGAGAGUACUACUGCUUAUAAGACUGACAUUUAUCCUCUAGAUCCUGCUACAUCAUCCGAGUCUCCUUCUAGCUCAGUUGAAGCAACUGUUGAAAAUGCUGCUAAAAUGGACACUAUUGACUUCAAGAGGGCCAAUGACACUUUUAAAGCAGGUCAUACAACUCCUGGUGGAGCCAGCAGUGGCGUGAGCUCUUUUAAACAGCCUCCAUCUGAACCUAACAUUGAUUUUGAAUUGGAUGUUAAAGUAUUUUUUAACAGUGGAAAAUGUGUACUUCAUACUAAGGAUUUCAAUCGGGAAGAGGAUUUCUUAAAAAGAUCUAUGAGGAAAGAAAGAAGUUUCUCUGGUGGUGGCUUUGACCUAUCAUCACCGAGUCAUACAAAGAAACGUUAUGGAAGCGGAAUGAGAAAUAACAUGUCUUCUUCUCGCCUUCGAUAUGCGCAAAAUGCCCCUCCUAGUCAAGUUGCCGAUUUUACAAUAUUUUUGAUUCCUGGACUUGAUGUCAAAGUUCAUUAUAAUUCUAAAACUGUGUCUGGUGAUAGUCCUCUUACUAGUGUAAAUGGUCCUAUGAAAUACUAUACAGAAGUGGACUCUAGUAAUUUUGAAGAUCCAGGAGCAUACCGAGCAAGUUUCCUGGCUGUAGAUUCUUCUCAAAUGACAAGCAGUAGUCUUCGCAAAAUUGGCAUUAAAAAAGCGUGCCUUUUUGCUUGGGUUACACUACAAAGUAUUCCUGAAGAAGCUGUAGUUAGUCCACAUCUGUUGGACUUUUUGGAACAAGCCCUUGAGCCCAUACCAAUUCAACUAACCAAAACUCCUCCUGUUAUAGAACCUUCAAAGAUUGAAGAUGAAGGUGCUUCAUUGGUUACACCUAGUCAAUAUGCAUAUGCCUCUUUUCCUGUUGAUGUCAUUGUUUACUUCCGAAUGCAACCAUCAAUUUUACGUUUCAGUUGCUUACCCAUAUCACGUGUAGAGUGUAUCCUUAGAUUACCAUCAGUGGACCUUGUUUUUUCAUCAAAACGAGCAGAGGAUGAUUUAUAUGCAGCUGCCACUCAAGAAUCAAGUUUUAUGAUAAAAUCGAGAGUUUUCCCCAAAAAUAAUAAUCGACCCAUCUUUGAAAGUGCGUCUGUGUGCCAAACAGCUGUUGGUGGAUUAAGCAUGACUGGUUGUUUAGCUGAUUUUUCAUUAUAUAUUUUCCAUCCUUAUGGUGGAGCAAAAAAAGCAGGUAGUUCUAAAGAAGGAGAAACAUCACCUUUAUCAACAAGUGAGAGAAAGGAUUCAUUGAGUUUACAAGUAGAGUUCGUAAAAGUUAACAUCUCGAGAAGUAGAAAAAUCAAUCUCUCUCAUAUAGAAUCUGGCUCUAAUCCUCUAAAAUCAGGGAGAUCUUGUGACUCUGGGGGUGCACUGAUUCGAUUUUCAGCUAUCUGUGAUAUUGGUUCAGCUUCAUUCAAGUAUGAUAUGAGACGAUUAACUGAAAUUUUAGCUUUUCCUAAAGCUUGGUAUCGUCGCAGCAUAGCAAGGAGAAUGUUUUUAGGUGAUCAAAGCACUGGUGCUUUAUAUAGUGAUCAAGAAGAUUCUGUUGAAACUAGUAGCAGUAGUGGAACAAUGUCUCCAAGUAUCAGCAAAGCUGAUUACAUUGCUUUCUCUUCUCCUGUGACUGUGCAAUCUUCUUGUGCAACUACAACUACUUCUGAAAAUACAACCUUGCUGACAUCUUCUUCUAAAACUUCAACUAUUCCAAUCUCUCACUCCUUAAAAUCUACUCCUACCUCUGAUGGUUUCAAAGAUCCAAGUAAAUUACCCAAGUCAUUAAUCUCUCCUCAUGCUCAUCGAGACAGACUCUGGCUGAAUUUAGAUCGAUCUAUUCCUGAAUCAAGAAGAAAUCUUGGAAUGCCAAGUCCGUCAAAAAGCGGCUCUUCCAGUUAUGACGAAAGCAAAGACAGUAUAUCUUCCGAAACUUCCUCCCCUCUCCAUUCAGGUAGACAUAGUAGUUCCUGGGAAACUCUUGUUUUGUUUGCAGUAAACCUUUCACGUUUAAACGUUCACAUGAAUAUGGGAAAUGUUAUGGGAAACACAACGUGGUUAACUAGAGAUUUCAAAUCUCAGGGCCGCUUAUCAAUAGGAAGUAGUGGACACAAAAACUUAUUUCUUUCUGUUGGUCUAGAAGUUUCAACUCUGGAUAGCAAGGGUGGUAUUGUUGGUGGAACAAUUGAAUUAAGCCAUAUUGACACUUGUAUGCAUUUAAAAGAAGAUUGGGGGCAGGAACCUGAUCAUACUGUUGCCCUAAAACUUGGUGCUUUGGAAUCUCGUUUGGAUUACAUGGGAACAAGUGUGCUUAUGGGACGUGUUAGCUCUUUAGAUAUAACACUCAAAGAUGAGUGGAGAGUCAGUACCAGUUUAAUUCAAGAUCAUAUGGUUAGUCAUCCUACUAAAAGGCCUGCUUUAAUUUUUGUUAAUGGAGAACUAUCAUGGGAUCAACUGCAGCUUUUGAUUUCAAAAUCGACUACACCUGACUUAAUAAAAAUGUAUUCCAAGCUGGAGGAAUUUUUCUCUCAACAAUUUCGUAGUAGCAAACGAGUGUUUUCAUCUCUCCAGCCUCGCCUGCAAAGGCAUUCUUUAAAAAAUCGUUCACGAAAAUCAAAGACACCGGAAGAGAGUGAAGCCAAACAUCAUCGUCAUUGGCAGAAAGUCCUAUACAUGGUAUCAGGCUUACAAUUAAGUACAAUGGCUAGUGCCUUACCGGAGAUUGGAACAAUAUUAGGUGGCACAAUGGAUCUUCAUGGUUACAAUAUUUCUUUAGCAUGCUUCCAUGGAAUAAAUUUUCGUUCCAAAGCUUGGGCUAUCUUCAGUAUGCGGAAACCAACUAUUUCAUUUGCAACUGAAGCACAAGAUGUUGUAAAAGAUGAUGGUAGUAUUGCUACUCACAUUGUUCAAAAUUUGUCUUAUGCCCUUGGCCAUUGCUCAACAGAAACUGCUCAGCAUUCAAGUAUGGCUACUGUUUGCCGGAUAUCAAGGAACGUUCUCUUCCCACCUCAGUUUAGAAGCAUGCAUGAAUGGUUUCACUAUGCCUUCGCUACGAGUGAAUUGGAUGGUAAAGAACUCUUAGAUCUUUUGAAACCAACUUUCAUAACUAUUUUUGUAUGAAGGUAUUCCAAAAGC